CCAGUGAAACAAUGAUAAUAUAAUAUGUAUAAUGUACGUACGUUCAUAUGUUAUGAUGUCAAAGUACAAACUACGGACUACUUACAACAUCGCGUCCCGAACGCCUUUUGUGUUGGUAUACCUAUUAAAUGUGGCUGUAUCAGAUGUAAUAUGUUAUCUUAUUGUUAUUAAUUGGGCUUAAUCGAAAUGGAUAAACUGUUGUGCAACAAUUCCGUUACCAGACGUGUGAGGCGUUCGUCUCGAGGUGGACUUUUAGUAUUAUUAUGUGUACACGUGUUUAGUUUACUUUUAAAGUGAAAUAAGGAAAAAGUUGCAAAACUUGCAACAUUUUAUACAAAUCAGAAGUUCAGUUUUGUCCGGGAUGUCGUUUACGGUAUGCUUAUCGUUUUUGGCGAUAGCUUUGCACUUGACUAAUGGAGCCUACGUGUACAAGACUGAAUAUUUCACUGUACCGGUCGAUCAUUUUAGUUUUACAAAUAAUGAUACAUUCCGUAUGAAGUAUCUCAUCAACGACACGUAUUGGAAUCGAGAAAACGGACCAAUAUUUUUUUACGCCGGAAACGAAGGAGCUAUUGAAAUGUUUUGUGAAAAUACGGGUUUCAUGUGGGAGAUAGCCGAAGAGUUCCGGGCCCUGGUCGUUUUCGCCGAGCACCGUUACUACGGCGUUUCGAUGCCGUACGGAAACAGAUCGUACGACAACUACGGCUGGCUGGGCUAUCUGACCUCGCAACAGGCGCUCGCUGACUACGUGGACCUGAUCACGUACUUGCGGCACAACGGGUCGUAUUCGAGUCGGAACCUGUACGAGACCGGUGAUAUUUACGGCCUCGGCGACGAUGGUACGCUACCACAGUCCAGUGCCAACCCUGUGAUCGCUUUCGGAGGAUCGUACGGUGGCAUGUUGGCCGCUUGGUUCCGUAUUAAGUAUCCUGCCAUCAUCGAAGGUGCUAUAGCGUCGUCUGCACCGAUAUGGCAAUUUACCGGUAUGACACCAUGCAAUGCAUUCUACAGGGUCACGUCGUCGGUAUAUACAGAUACAAGUGCCGAAUGUGGUCUGACGAUAUUAGCGUCUUGGAAAGCUAUUGAUAAUGUUACGAAAACGGUUGAAGGAAAGGCGUGGCUGUCUCAGAAAUGGAAAUUAUGCUCACCGUUGACAAAAGAUUAUGACGUUUUGGUUUUGAAACAGUGGGUGUCUGGACUUUAUGUGAACUUGGCCAUGAUAAAUUACCCAUACCCUGCAAAUUUUUUAACACCAUUACCCGGAAAUCCAGUUAAGGAACUUUGUAAACCAAUGAAAAACCAUACAGAAGACGACUUAACACUUUUGGGAUCAGUCUUCAAAGGGUUGAAUAUAUAUUUCAACUAUACCGGUACAUCUAAGUGUAUGGAUGUUUUGUCCUCUUCUGCUCCUACACUUGGUGAAAAAGGAUGGAACUUUCAAAGCUGCACCGAAAUGGUUAUGCCAAUGUGCUCUAAUGGAGUUAAAGAUAUAUUCGAAAAACAACCUUGGAAUUUUGAAGAAAAUGCUAAAAAUUGUUUUGAAACUUAUAGGGUUCGGCCAAGUAUUUAUGCAAUCGAGAAAACAUAUGGUGGUAAAAAUUUAAACGCCGCUUCUAAUAUAAUAUUCAGCAACGGUUUAUUGGAUCCGUGGUCCAGCGGUGGAGUGUUACAAAACGUAUCAAAAACGGUGUUAGCUGUGGUAAUUCCAGAAUCUGCACAUCACUUAGACUUGAGAGCAUCCCACCCCAAAGAUCCGGAAAGUGUGAUUAAAGCAAGACAAUUCUAUAAAAAAUGGAUUAAAAAAUGGAUAUUUCACUAUCAAAAACAUUCAACGCGAGAUUCAAACAACUCCUUCGUUAAGCAACAAAUAGUUUUAACUAUUUAAAACGACGUUAAAUAUAAUGACAAUAUUGGUGAUUCAUGAUUAUUUAAUGUUAUUUUUUAUAAUAAUCAAUAAAUUAAAUACAUUAUUACAACAAA